AUUAAGACAUUAACCCCUCUAAAGCGCUAAAAAGUAAAUUAGGAUUAGGAAUCUGAAGAAGAAUAGAAUAAUUAAUCCGACAAACAUUACAUGAUUUCAAGAGCUACUCCUGCUCUGCUCUCUAAGUAAGUACAGUGUUCACAACUUCACUACUUCACACUUCACUACUUCACUUGACACCAAAAAGCACAUGCAUUAAAGCACCUUUUUUUUUUUUUUUUUUUUUUUUUUUGGUUGCUCUCCACUUUCACUGUCUUAAUCUCACUCUCUCACUUAGAAAGUCGAAUUUCUCAGAAAAAAAAAUCCAAAAAAAAAAAAAAAAAUGAGAGAAGGAAGAGGUUCGAGCUUGGUGUAUCUACUGGUGGUUGUUCUCUGCUUAGUUGCCUUUACUUUCGCCAUCGCCGCCGAACGCCGCCGCAGCCGUGGUAAUAUAAUUAAGGAUGAAGUCACCAAUACGACAUACUGUGCUUACAGUUCUGAUGUUGCUACUGGAUAUGGAGUAGGGGGAUUUCUGUUUCUUCUUUCAAGUGAAUCAGUGCUUAUGGGUAUGACAAGGUGCAUGUGCUUUGGUAGACCCUUGGCACCUGGUAAUGAACGAGCAUGGGCUAUCAUUUACUUUUUCUCGUCAUGGCUAACAUUUCUGGUUGCGGAGGCAUGUCUACUUGCAGGUGCAACUAAGAAUGCUUACCAUACCAAGUACCGUCAUGUACUCUAUGCACAGAACUUCUCAUGUGAGACUCUGCGCAAAGGUGUUUUUAUUGCGGGAGCUGUAUUUGUGGUUUUCAACAUGGUCUUAAACGUGUACUACUACUUAUACUUUUCCAAAGCUACAAGCUCCCAGACAGCAUCUCACAAGGCAAAUCGCUCCAGUUCUACUGUCGGAAUGACUGGUUACAAAUAGUUAUGCUAUAGAUUUGAAGCGACUAAAAGUCACUUUAAAGAGUUGUGCAUUUCCUCCAUUCUUGAAGUGAAAACUAUAUAGAUCAUUUCGGUGAACGUUGGCAUGUCUAUAAUAUGGGGUAAGAUACAAAUCAGUUUUAGAACUUAGAUAACAAAACUAGUAAUUUUGAGCUUUUUUACUGCUCAUGUUUCUCGUGGUUUUCAUGUUUUUAUUUAUUUUUAUUUUAUUUUUUUUUUUUUGUGAAAAAAGAAUUAAAGGAAAGCAGGGUGAAUGGUUCGAUCA